AUGAAACCUACAACCAAGAGUCAGGCCCGCCAAUCGGCCGAGGACUUUUUCAAGUUCUUCUUCAUUCUGUUUUGGAAGGUUGUCAACAUCUUCAUCGCAUGGCACAAACUUCCGCCCUUCAUUGGCGCCUUCAACCUUCUGGCGCUGCGAUUCGAGCUCCGCCAGAAGAACCUUUACGAUACAUACCCAUCCCCCGAAGACCAAGGCACACCGGCACAAUACCCCAUGUCUGACACCAAGUUCAUGGCCGUCAGAAACUCGGACGGCCUCUUCAAUGACCUCCAGGCGCCCAAGAUGGGCUGCGCCGGGAUGCGGUUCGGCCGCAACAUCCCCAGGGAGCACGCCAAGAUUCCCACUCACGAGGAGCUGCUCACGCCGAACCCGAGACUCAUCUCUGAAAAGAUCCUCGCGAGGCCGGAAGGGGGUUUCAAGCCCGCCACGAUCGUCAACUUGCUCGCCGCUGCCUGGAUCCAGUUUCAAGUCCACGACUGGGCGCAGCAUGCCUCGAGCAAGGAGACUUGGGACGUUGCCAUGCCAAAGGGAGACACCUGGCCGGACAAGAAGAUGAAGAUCUUCAAGACCAAGGUCGACAGUACCCUCUCGAAGCAGGAUGACGAGUCGCCGGGCUACAAGAACGAAAAUACGCACUGGUGGGAUGGCUCGCAGAUCUAUGGUUCAACUGAGGCUGAGACCGCGGAGCUCCGAUCCAAGUGCGAUGAUGGGCAGCUCGCGGUCGACCGUAUCAACGGCGAACAGUUCCUUCCUCGCGAAAACGGCAUUCCCAAAACCGGCUUCCAUAAUAAUUGGUGGGUCGGGCUCGAGAUGCUACACACCCUCUUUGCCUUGGAGCACAAUGCUAUUGCUGGCCAACUCAAGCUGUCGAACCCAUCGUGGACGAGCGAUGAGAUCUUUGAUACGGCGAGGUUGAUCAACUGUGCACUCAUGGCCAAGAUCCACACCGUCGAGUGGACGCCCGCUAUCCUAAAGCAUCCGACAUUGAAGAUUGGUAUGGAGGCGAAUUGGUGGGGGUUGGUUGGUGAGAAGCUGUGGCACGUCUUCGGUCGUAUCUUCGACAACACGUCCGAGGUUAUCUCUGGUAUCCCGGGCUCAGGAACUGAUCAAGACGGAGCCCCAUACUCCCUAACCGAGGAAUUCGUUUCCGUAUACCGCCUGCACCCGCUCGUCCCCGACGACAUUGCCUUCUUCAAAGUUAAGAGCGGGCAACAUGCCGACACCCUGCCGAUGAAGGAGGUCGCCUUCGAGAGAGCCCGCACGCCAUUGGACGACAAGACCUCGAAUAGCAACGGUCUCGGCUUGAACUUUGCCGACGUCUUCUACUCCUUUGGCGUCAACUACCCCGGCGCCAUCCGCGCAAAGAACACGCCAAACUUCCUGCGUGAUCUGCGCCUUCCCGCCGACAAAGAGUUCCCCCAGGCCAGGCAUCUCGAUGUGGGCACCGUCGACAUUCUCCGAGACCGCGAGCGCGGCGUGCCGAGAUACAACGCCUUCCGCCGCCUCUUCCACAUGCCGCCCGUCCGCAGCUUCAAGGAUCUGACGGGCCCUGGCCCAGAGGCCGCCGAGCUGGCGGCGGAUCUGGAGGAGGUGUACAAUGGCGAUAUUGAGGCCGUCGAUCUGCUGGCCGGCACGCUCAGCGAGCCGCUGCCGGAGGGCUUCGGCUUCAGCGACACGGCCUUCCGCGUCUUCAUCCUCAUGGCGAGCCGACGCAUCAAGUCUGAUCGGUUCCUCGCCGGUGACGGGUGGUGUCCCGAGGUGUACACCCGGGAGGGUAUGGACUGGGUGCAGAAGAACACGAUGAAGGACGUACUGUGCAGACACUUCCCGGAGCUUGCUGCGCCGUUGCGCAAUGUCGACAACGCGUUUGCACCUUGGGAGAAGGUUGGUCGGACAGCCGAGUAUACGGGGAAAGAGACCAACGCCUGA